GGCCAGUACGCUAGUCGCCGCCAUGCCCGGGGACCACCGCCGCAUCCGCGGGCCCGAGGAGUCGCAGCCACCACAGCUGUACGCGACAGAUGAAGACGAGGCGCCCGCUGCCCGAGACCCGACGCGGCUGCGGCCCGUGUACGCGCGCGCCGGGCUGCUGAGCCAGGCCAAAGGUUCGGCCUACCUGGAGGCAGGCAACACUAAAGUGCUGUGCUCCGUGUCCGGCCCGCGCCAGGCAGAGGGCAGCGAGCGUGGCAGCGGCCCGGCCGGGUCGGGCGGCGAGGCUCCGGCCGCACUGCGCGGGCGCCUUAUUUGCGACUUCCGCCGCGCGCCCUUCUCGGGCCGACGGCGCCGCGCACCCCCGGGCGGCGGGGAGGAACGGGAGUUGGCGCUGGCGCUGCAGGAGGCGCUUGAGCCGGCGGUGCGCCUGGGCCGCUACCCGCGCGCGCAGCUUGAGGUGUCGGCGCUGCUGCUGGAGGACGGGGGUUCGGCUCUGGCGGCCGCCCUCACGGCCGCCGCGCUCGCCCUGGCCGACGCCGGCGUCGAGAUGUACGACCUGGUAGUGGGCUGCGGCCUGAGCCGCGCGCAGGGCCCCACGCCCGCCUGGCUGUUGGACCCCACGCGGCUCGAGGAGGAGCGUGCCGCCGCAGGCCUUACCGUGGCGCUCAUGCCGGUGCUCAACCAGGUGGCCGGGCUUUUGGGCAGUGGGGAGGGCUGCCCAACGGAGAGCUGGGCCGAGGCUGUGCGCCUGGGCCUCGAGGGCUGUCAGCGCCUCUACCCUGUGCUGCAGCAGUGCCUGGUGCGGGCCGCCCGCCGGAGGGGCGCCGCCACCCCGUCCUGA